GCUUAGUCCAAGAUCACAGAGCUAGGAAGGGCUGGAGAUAGCAUUCGAAUCCGAGGUCUCUCCUCCCUCCAAGUACCACGCAUUUGCCACUGAGCCAGCGCCACCUCUAUUGCCCACAUCUGCAAGGACAUAAACACAGGUGGGCUCUCUCCACGGCCCCGCCACUGAUCCCCACUGCAGGGCACAUGAGAGCAAACACAAGCUAAUACGUAAACCAAAAAAAGAAAAAGAAAAAAAAUCUCAAGUCCUUAUCUGGGCGGGGACUGAGCCGCGCGGGGCGGGCCAGGGCGUCGGCUGGGCUGCGGAGCGGUCACUCUUCCCCAUGAGAGGCGAGUCACGGAACAGAGCGCCCCGGACUCUCACACCAUGGCCAGCGCCGGGCCGCUCCAGGAGCCCCGAGCGCGUGUCGGGGGCCGCACCGGCUGAGCCGGGAGCCCCGGGCGGGCCAUGGGGGACCGGGAGCACAAUAAGAGGCGCCUGUUGGAGCUGCUGCGGGCAGCUGGCACCGGCAACGGGGUGUGCGCGGACUGCGGGGCGCCAGAUCCCGACUGGGCCUCUUACAAGCUGGGGAUUUUCAUCUGCCUGAAUUGCUCCGGGGUGCACCGGAACUUCCCCGAAAUCAGUAAAGUGAAAUCGGUUCGACUGGACUUUUGGGAUGACAGUAUCGUGGAGUUUAUGACACGAAACGGAAACCUCUGCUCCAAGGCCAAAUAUGAAGCAAAAGUCCCUUCUUUCUAUUACAUCCCCAAAUCUGAAGACUGCAUGGUCUUAAAGGAACAAUGGAUCCGAGCCAAAUAUGAGAGACAGGAGUUUGUGGCUGGCAGCCUCACCUGGACCAUCUCUGGCAACCGAGAAGGACUCCUAUGGAAGCGGGGAAGAGACAAUGGGCAGUAUCUGAAGAGGAAGUUUGUCCUUUUGGUGAGAGAAGGCCUUUUGAAAUACUACACUAAAGAAGAGGGAAAAGCACCCAAAGCUGUCAUCAGUAUAAAGGACUUGAACGCUACAUUUCAGACAGAGAAGAUAGGAAACCCCCAUGGACUGCAGAUUACCUACAAGAAAGAUGGUCACACCAGGAACCUUUUUGUGUAUCAUGAGAGUGGGAAGGAGAUAGUGGACUGGUUCAAUGCCCUUCGAGCUACCCGUCUACACUAUCUGAAAACAGCCUUUCCUGAACUCCCGGAGUCUGAGCUCCUGCCUCACAUCACCAGGAAUUACCUCAAACAAGGAUACAUGGAAAAGACUGGUCCAAAGCAGAGAGAAGCUUUUAAAAAACGAUGGUUUGCUCUUGACCCACAGGAGAGGAGGCUACUGUAUUACAAGCAUCCACUGGAUGCAUUUGAGCAAGGUCAGGUUUUCAUCGGGAGCAAGGAGGAUGGAUAUGAGAUCCACGAUGAGUUCCCUAAGGGCAUCCGGGGGAAUCACUGGAAGGCCGGUAUCACCAUCGUCACCCCAGCGAGAAGAUUUGUCUUUGCCUGUCCCAACGAGAAGGAGCAAAGAGAAUGGCUGGAGAGCUUACAGCAUGUCCUUGCCCUCCCCAUCACUGCCCUCAGUCCUCAUGCCACAGCAGCUACCGGACAGAGGUGACUAGGACUUGGUUGACCUGCUCAGCUCUCACCAAACCUAACUUUAACUUCGGGCUGUCAGGUCCCCAUUUUGCUUCAGGAAGGAGAAGUUCACUCUUGAGGCAUGACCUCUGUCUCUAGCAGGAAGGACUAGCAAAAAACAAACUGUGGUCAGUGGUUUUCUUGUGUCUCAGACAUUGCUCUAGAUGGAAAUUGGGCAAGACAAAGUAAAGAUGGCUGACAAUGGCACGUUAAAACCAACUCGUGAACAAAUCAAGACUCCCUUUUGGUCCUCUGAGGUAAAGAAUGAACAACAGCAACAGCAGCACAUGGCAGUUGGACUUGCCUCCCAUCAGUUUCCUUUGGGUCUCUCGCUACCAUUCUUCCGCUUGGUCCCUGUAAAUCCCAGUAGAGACUGAGCAAAAGCUCUCUUCUCUUUAGCAAUCAAACCUUGGAGGCUAUAAGGGCAAUAAAAAUAACCCAGUCCAGCAAUGACCAGAGCAUCCUGGCAGGAAACCAGAGAACAGCGCCUCCUCUCCCACCUUUUGGACAGCAGCUUCUCUCCAUGGUACCUGAAUCUCUUUGUGCCUUCUGCCCCAGACAAAAUCACAAGCUUGUUGAGACCUGCAGCAAACUUGAAGGAUCCCUCUUGACAUCUACAGAGCUCCAUUAUCCUGGGCAGAUGGGAAUUUGAUCCGUUUCUAUUCUUCUCUUUCUCCUGAAAGCAAAUUUAUUAAGCCAAUAUUUGCAUAUAGCAUUGGGCUAUGGAGGAUACUGUACAGAAUAAGUAGAUCAUUGGAUUAUAGAAUAAGUUGGAUAUCAUACAGAAAAAAUUUGAGGGCACAGCUCACUUGGUACCAUUAAGGCACAGAAGAAAAUGAUGCUAAGGGAGUGGAACACUUGCUCAUUACAGAGAAUCUAGAUUCAAAUCUAUAAAAUAAAUCAAGAGUCAAUAUAAUCUCAUUGUCUUCUGCAGGCACACUUUAAAAUGGUUUUACCUCCCUCACAUGCAAACUAAUUGACAGCAGUAGUGGUGGGUGUUCAGGGGAUUUCAAGGCUGAGAUCAGAGAAAAUCUACAACCUGCUUGAAGUUCAACAGAUAGAAAUAUAACUAGGAUGGGGAGAUUGGGGUUUCCCCUUGGGUUACCAAAAUUUAGAGGGUGUUAGUUGCACUUGAAGUUCUUCAAGAGGUUAAAACAACUAGUUUUAGCAUAUAGUUAGUGAGAUUAAUUAGUUAAAAUGGGAAGCCCCUAGACCCCACCAUGAGGUAUUAGAUUUUCUGUGAUCUCAGCUUUGAAAUCCCCAUGUUCACUAGGUGAGAAUCUUCUCCUCUCCUGCCUUAUACUGACUCCCUAGCAACCAUUCAACUUGAUCAUCUUGAAGGUCCUCGCUGGGUUUCUGUUUCUCCAGAGUAUGUACACAUGGGGUAGUGUAUUUGCCCCCACACAACCUUGUGUCCCAGGCUUUCCUUCCCCCACCCCUUCCACUGAAUUUAUCUUAAACAGAUGGAUUUAGGUUGAAUUUUCUGCUGCUUCCCCCAAAUGCAAAAAAACAGCUAUUUUGGAUUCUGAGUGAGGUCAUAGGUCAAAUGGACAAGUGGUUUGUAGGUGUAAUGAAAACCUGAGUGCACUUUUCUCCUCAGGGGCCAGGAGAUUCUGGGAGACUAGAUCAUGUUCUCUAUAGUAUUGAACGCCACCAUUGCUAAGAUUCCUUCCCAUUGCAGGCUUCUUAGCUUUGGAAGUGAAGGAAGGAAGAGACUCGAACCCUAGAGGAUGCUGGAAAAUGCUUUCUCAAAGAACAGGGUCACUUUUUCAUUUUUGUCUUUCAGUAACUGCCAUUGGGGUGGGGUGGGCCAUGUAUGGCCCCAUGUACUAUCUACUGCUUUUGUUCACAUAGAAAGACACUCAAUAAAUAUUUAUUGAAUUAA